GUCGUUCAGGAUUUUCGUUCUUCAGUUCAUUUCGGGCAUUUGUUAUGGUUGGUUGUACCGUUUGAGCAGCGUGCUGUGUGCAUCUCGUUCCUCUUGGGAUAGGAGCUUUCUUAGAGCCACCCAGUGAUUUCCGACGUCGUGUGCUUACAUUGAAGGGAAAGAGUGAUUUAGUGUUGGACAGGAUUGAAUAUUGGAAUUUAGACGCUCGCAUUCCCCGGUCUGGGACCAUUCCGGAAGAGAGGAGAUAGGAUAGAUUUUCCUCCUCAUUCGCAACACAAACAAUUCGCGACGAGGUCAAGAAGUAUUGUUGGCUAGAGAUAGAGAACUCCCGGUUCAAAGAUCGCAAAAUCGAGCAAUACAAGUUUAAUGUGGCGGAGCCCGCUGGUUACUCUGUAUGGAUAAAAUCUGAGCUCGGAGUGCCAGAGAGGGUGUUGAGGCUAGUUCUAGCGGCCAUUUACUCUGACGGACGACGGGCUUCGGUGUGUGUUCGAUUUUCGCGAAUUUCUGACAGCUGCACGUUCGCUGUGUACGUAAAUUAAAAACGAUUCGCGAAAGGAGAGCAAAAUAGAAGGCGAGAGUGUGAUGAGUGUUAACUUGAUGGAAAAGUGGGUGCAUCAGCGGAAAACGCAGAAGGGAGUGUGUUGGAGCCAGUAAUAAAAAUAAUACACCCCGGGUGAAGGAGAAAGAAAUAAGAAGAGAGUGUGCAUCUGUUGUUGUGGCAAAUCGCACGAUAAGAAACGCGUCAAGUGUCUGUCCAGGUUUGUUUACAGUUUUUUUUUCGCUUCGACCUUCUCAAGUGGGCACACCGUGUGUGUGCGUGAGGGUUCCUUUCGGAACAGCCAGAACGGGAAUCGCUCAAGUGGUUGACGAUUUGAGGGUGUUGGGCGAGGAAAAUAGCGCAAAGUGUGUCAACUUACGAGAAAAUUAGAAGCGUGUGCUGAAUUUCAAACGUGUGUUACGUUAUUCUACUGCAAAGAAAACAAAAAAUAAAACCAGAUUAUUUUUUGUUUUGAUAGCACGUUUCUGUCGGGGAAAAAGUGAAAAAAUAAACGACCAGACACCGACAGAUUGUGAUUCUCAUAAAUUUAUCGUCAUCUGGGUUGUUAAAAGUAUGAUGAGAAUUUCGUGAGUAAGUUAAAAGUGAUAACUACGUUUCAGAAAUUCUCGCCACCCUUCCACUUAAAUAUCAAAAAAAGAAAGAAGAAGAAAUGCAUCUCUCACGUGGAUUACCCUGCAGUCAGAAGAUGUCGUUAACCGUGUGGGUUGCGAUCCUGCUGUGCAUAUUUGCUCUAUCGCUAGAGCUGGGACCUACUGGAGUGGAGACCAAAAGUGUCGAGCAGCAAGAACUGCUCAGCUGUGAGCACGUCAGUAGUUUCUUCUCGUCGAUCAACGUAACCAUCAAGCCGGCAAACAAAAAUCAAGGCAAUGUUUGCGGCGGUCCCUGCUGUGAUAAUCAUGUGGAAAGUCAGUUGGAGGUGAAAGCGACGAAAAACUUUGAACGACUAGUCAAACACCACACCCGCAGCCAGCGGGGGCACUGGGAGCAGACGGCCAACAUGUACAGGGAUUAUCUGUUGCAACUGUCACGCCAGUCCGAGAACAAAACGCUGAAUCUGUUCUCAACCGUGUACCGAAAGAUGUCCCCACUGUCCCGGGACCCGAUUCUGGAACUGUACGGAACCAUCCGGAAUCAUCUCACUUCGACGUCCUUUACCGACGAUCUGGAUCUAGUCACAGAUAAAUUCUUCCGGCAUCUAUUCCCGGUGGCAUAUCACCAUGCGGUGGUCCAUGCCGAAAAGGAUGUUGAUUUCCACAGUGAUUACAAAAACUGUCUCAUUCACACGUACGAUGAUCUGAAACCGUUCGGGGAUAUCCCUCAGCUGCUUUCCAACUCACUGGUGGGCAGUGUCAGUGCUGCCAGCGUUCUGCUGCGAGUGCUCCGGGAAGGAGCCGAGGUACUCAACAAACUGGACGAACUGGGUACGGAAAAUUUGCAGGGAUCCUGCAAGGCAGCACUACUGAAAAUGAACUAUUGUGCUAGCUGUAAGAGGUAUAGUCACAACCAUGCAAAGCCAUGCGCAGGGAUGUGCAAAAAUGUCAUGAGGGGUUGCCUGAUGCAGUACAUUGGAAUCCUGAAUCAGGAUUGGUACACAUUCACCGAGGCCAUCCUUCCUCUGAUCAAUGCGGUCCGUUCAGUCGACGGAAUCGAAGCCGAAAUCAAAGGUCUGGAUGGCAAGCUGUCCAAUGCCAUUAUGCACGCAAUGGAAAACGGUCCCCAGUUGGAAGUGAAGGUCAAGAAAGCGUGUGGAACGCCAGCGCUGAUGCAGAACGACAAUCUGGCCGGGGCGUACGAGUCACCCCUGCCAACGACCCUUCAGCACAACAAGUGGAUCUUGGCACCGAUCAACGAAAUGCUGCAGUUCGAGAUGACCAUCGACAAAAACAAGGAUCUGUUCCUGCAACUGUCGACGACUCUUUGCGACGAUGAGGAAUACCACAACAACGACGAGGACUGCUGGACUGGUACGCACUACGGUGACUACACGCAUGAUGUCGUGUCUACCACGUCUCAGAAGUACAACCCUGAAGUGCCAUACAGCAGCAGCAACGAGCAGUUCCCUCGGGACAGUCGGUUACAGAUGCUGAUCGAUAAGUUGAUCAAUCUGAAGAAUGUGGCUACGAAAGCGGUAUCAAGCAACGCCUUCAAGAGUGAUCCGGACAAAAUGCUAUCUGACAUGGCGGAAGGUUCUGGUGAUUCCUAUCGGGACUACGAAUCUCCGGAAGAUGAAGAGUACGGCGAGAAUGGUUCAGGAUCAGGAGAGGGUCCACGCCGUGUCGAUAUCAUCAACGUGCCGUCCAGUAACUUCACGCCAGUGGCCGGCAAGACGAAUGACUCUAACCGAAUCUCCAUUUCGAGCGUACUGACGUGCACAGCGUUCCUGCUGGCGGUUCUGGUUGGCACCAGCAGGCACUAAUAGCGCACCCGAACCAAGGUAAUAAUGAGCCGCUCCUCGCCCUGGAGGGCAUGCUUUUUCGUACUCGUUGGCUUCUUUCGUCUCAUUAACUACUUCAUUCAGGAACAUCGCGGAAAGAAACUCACGCACAUGGCCCUACACCCGCGUGCGUGCGUGUGUGCGUGUUUGUAUUCGGUAACGCGUCAAAGUCAAAUCGUAGGAUUGUAAAAUUAUAAGUAGUUUACUAGGAAAUAACAAAUCUAUUCGUAUAGCAAUGAUGGGAAUCAAUUGUACAUGUGUUUGGCCACGUGCGUGGUCGACAGUCACACCCCUCGUUGUCAGCAUAAGCGGGUGCAAUUUUUGGAACAGCGUUCCAAAAUCAAAUUUCAAACAAACAAAAAUUUACGAUCGCAGAAGAAAGGAAAAGAAAGCUCAAGCAAUAAGUUGAUACUCUUUGUUCUACUCAAAACAUUCGUGAAAACAAGUAUACUAAAGCUACUUGCGCCUUGAAAUUGUUUUGUUUUCUUUCAUUUCGUGUAGAGAGUCAAACAAAUCGUGAAAGUGUACAAAUUUUACCAAGAAAGCAAAAAAAAAAACCCAAUCAAAUCUCAUUUAUCCCUGCUUGAUGCAAAGCCAAGUUAUAUAUAUUUUUAGAGCCUAAUUUAACGAUCAACCCCCUCCUUACUAGAGUUACAAGCUAUCGUAGUAUCGCAUCCAGAAAAAAAAACAAGUCGCCAUAUUUAAUUAAUUGAUACACACAAUACACUUAGUUAGGUACAAGCGCAAACGAUAACAGUCGCCACAAGUCGCAGAUGAUGAUGUAUACUCUCCUAAUUUUGGUCUGAAUCCUUUAUACUUACUCGCUUCGUACUAAGAGAAUUGAGCUAGCUAAAAGAUUAUAACCACUGAUUUCACCUACUAAGCCUAGUUUUUAUCCCCUUCAAUCUAGAAUGAAAAAUAAAACAACACUCAAAAUAACAAGCAAGCAAGGUACUGUAGUUAGAACUUUUAAAUUAAAAAAAGCCAGAUCUACUUUUCAGUUUCGAUAAGAAAUACACUAGUGGAAACAAUUGUAAAUAGUCCGAUAUAUGUGCUAAGAUAUUUAGACAGGCGGAGAAACUGAUUUAAAACUCUGUUAGUUAACACAAUUAUGUAAAAAAAAAACCUGCUCGGCUUCCCUACCCGGAGGGUAGUAGUGAAAGAGGAUGCAAAUGGAAGUAUAUGGAAACUAAUUUCAAUUUUAUCAAAUAAAAAAAGGGAAGAAACAAAACCGCUAUUGUCGGCGUGAAAAGUAUUAAAAAUUACUUCCAUUCUCAUCGAGUCGGAAACUGAAGGCAAUUGUUUGACUCAUUUUGCUGCGGCUGUUUUUUUUUUCAAUAGGCAAACAAAAUUUGUACAUAAGACUACUUAGGCGACAACGCGGAGGAUAUUCCACCCACUUGAUGUACGAUUUUUCGAUAUGAUUUUACUUGAUUCUCAAUUUUUCUCUUUUCAAACAAUGAGCGCACAUAGGAAGGUUCCAAGGAACCAGAUAAUAACUCACGCAGAGUUGGCAAAUGUCAUUUUCAAUGUAAGAUUUCACGCGAUUUUUACAGAGGUUCUUCAUUCACAAUCAUCGGAUGAGAAUACGAUGUUAGAGAUUUUUUUAAAAUCUCAUCAAAUUCUUUGUCACGUGACAGUGUUGUGAAAUUUUCUAUUAAAAGCUUAUGUAUAGACAUGUUUGCUACUUGUGCCGUGAAAAUCCAACAAUCGAUUACAUACUGUAGCUUGUCUAAAUCAAUCUAAAUCAGCUAGAAAUGUUGUUACUUAAGUAUCCUGGGCACCUUCAGAGGCAGUGCUGCAAAGGACCAAUGUGAAAGACUUUCAUAUUGAGCAGCUGCUUGCUUUUGCUUAGGGGCUACCAUCUUAGGUGUAGCUUCCGGGGAUAAGCAUUUCUUAUACAGCCGCUGGAUGCCACCUCCAUGGUGAGCAGACGCUCGGGUUUGGCGAAGCAUUUCCUCUAUCACCGUGCUAUGGUUACCGCACCAGUGUUCGUAUCGCAACCUCGUCACUUUGCUAUUGUCGGAUUGACAACAUCGCCCUGGCUAUGUCCAUGUUUCAGCCGGUAGUCUAUUGUAAUCAAAUGAUCUAAAGAAAGCGUGAGGUAGGAACUUGUGAGAACCGGAGCUAGGUAUUACGCUCUCUUUCAGGUUGUCAAACACCAUUACGAAUAAAGGACAUUCGAGGAUGGAUGAAAUUGUUCAAUCCUUUUACACCCUGGAAUGAAGACCAUUACAGUGUUCAGAAGUUUUGAAAUAUUUUAAGUUUUACUUGCUUAGCUUUUUAUAAGCUCUAUUUAAGGAUCUCAUGAAAAGUACUCAUUCAGAGGCACUUUAUACGAUUUAUCAAUAAGAUCACUAAAUGUCGGAUAGAUACCGUUCUAUGAGAGUCUUCGGGCUCAUUUAAAAUACCUGGACCUUUUUUGUGAACUUUCAAAAUACCAUAACCUGGCAGUGACAACUUUUCUUUCAGAAAAUGACAUCUCUGAAUUACGAGUAAUCAGGAAAACCAAAGCGAUUAAACACGUUAUUGUCGAUUCCAGAGAAUCCUUUGAUACUUUGUGUGGAUUGAGUUGCAAAAAUCUUGGUAACGGAUUAAGUAAACUUAUGUUAAUCCAUGGUUCAAAUGAGCUUGUGAUAAAAUCGUGCAUUUCUUCAUAAAAAUAUUUGCGACGUAGUAUUCCUGUUGAUGGCAGAAUCAGAACGCCAAGUGUCAAGCAAAUCAUAUAUGAAAUGGUAUUACGCCAAAUGGGUACUCCGUAGAAGCCUCCUUACCAACUAUAAGCAGUUGAACAGCAUAAAAUGAAAAUAACCCCCACUGAGACAAUAUUGAACUCAUCUUCCGGAAUACUUUUGUUUUUCAAUUAAAAACUAAUUACCAAAUUACGUUCAAUACUCAAACAACCAAUAAAUCGGUAUUGUUCAAUCGUCAUCUAGGAGAAAGCAAAAGAAAGAAAGGCCUUCCAGUUUCGCAAAAGUAAGAUUAUGAUGGUUACCAAAAAAUGUGAACACUCAACAACAACAACAACAACAAAAAUGCUAAACCGAAGCUUCCCUAAUCAAAAACUCAUUUUCACCAAAACACACAACCUCCUAGAUGAACGAAAAACAAAAUGAUCGACUCUGAACCAAUUAAUAUUUUGCUGCAUGGGUUAAACUUUUUCUAACACACUUUGAUGUUAUAGGGUAAUGUACCAAGAAAGUGAGGUGUAAAACUGUAGUAACCAAUUGGUCCAAACGAAAAGAAGAAUGAAAAACACUCAGCAAAGCCGUGCAGAUCUAUUGUUUCCCCCCCAAUCGUAACAUAAGUGAAAUGGCAAACAAAACAAAACAAAAACGAAACGAAACAGAAUGAAAGGAAGGAUGGGCGCUAAAAAUACCGGCGAGAACUAAAUGAUUGUGUUUGAACUAUCUGUGAUUGAGCUAAGGAAGAACAUAAAAUGAAGCGAGAAACAGUUUAUAAGGUGUGUAAUAAGGUACGUGAAACUAGGAAUGAGAGAAUGUGUAAAAAAGAAAUACACAAAAUCCCCUCCCUUCCCCACCUCGUGCAGGAAGGCAAGAAGGUCGUCGUUUCGUAGGCAGAAACGAAGAGAUGAAAAAUCUAAUAAUUUAUUGUUAUUGAAUUGUUGUUUAACGAUACGAACCGAUGAAUCAAUUUUUCGUCGUCAAACGUCAAGCGAAAGAGUUUGAUCAUUUCAGGUGUACAAUGUCGAUCUGCUCCGGCCCUUCCGUUCGACUGCAGCGAUCCGAACUCGGAAGUAGUUCGUUUUGGUCCCACAUUUGGCUUCCAGUGAUAAUUUUUAGGUUUAGGUGUUGAUUUUUCCAUAAAAAAAAAUCAGUAAAAAUUUUCCUACUUCCGCGAGAAGAGAGAGAAAGAGAAAAUAAUAAGCAUAGUUUUGAUACAGUCAAGCGGAAGCAGCUGGAAAAGCAGUGACAUUGGAGCCUGACUGUAUACUUUCUGUAAACACACAAAGCAUUAAUAACAAUCCGUUAGAGAACGUACAUACACGCCCCAGAAGCGUGUGGCAGAGCGUAGAAGUACUUUGUUCUUGCAAGUUGAAAUUGUUUUACUCUCGUGCAAAACCUAAAGGCAGCGUACAGAACAAAUAAUAGUUGGAAAAUUGUAUUUAUAUAAUAAAUACAGCAGGAAAACAGGAAUAAUAUAUUUAAUUAAAAACUGAAGCAAACUGGAAAGUAAUAUAAAACAAACAAAAAACCAACAGCGAAGGUCACUAACUAAUAGGACGUUGUAUUAUAGGAACUAGGAAAAUAAAACAAGAAUCAUUUCAAGUAAAAGAAAAACAAAUUGAAAAGAGUUAUUUUGCUUAUGUUGAAGCGUAAAAGAAUAGGUAGAUUUGAAUGAACCUAUGUGGAAAAUGUGAGUACCGAGGAGAAAUAAUAAACAUAUUAUUCAAA